UGAGAAGGUGUACAUCAAGGGGGCCAAUGUGGAGGAGUUCUUUGACGAGGCGAGGCAAAACCUGGGGCCGGCCUUCUACCUUGUCAACACUGUAGCAGACGACUCGGGGAGUCGUAUGUGGGCCAAGGUCGGUUACAUCACGGCCAGCGGCAGACGUGAUCUCAGGACUGUCUUAUGGCCAGGUACAAACGCAUCACUGUCUUAGAGCCAGGUACAAACAUAUCAAUGACUUAUGCCCCGGUUCAAUCUUAUCAAUUUCUUAUGGCCAGGUUAAAACGCAUCACCUUCUUAUGGGCAUAUACAACGAUUUACACCCAAUACUCAAGGGAAAUAUGUUAGGUCCUCAAUUUAUGGUACGCGACAGGUACUUCCAAUGAUGACGCUAGUCAGCGGCUGCUUCCUUUUGUGUGCACAGUUUUGCACGACAGGGGCAAUGUGGGCAUCCGCGCCAGGCACCAACAUGGGGCGCCGAAAUUGUUAAUACACUCAAGGAAAAAAAUAUGUAUCCGUGAAAGUGUGCAUCGUUAAUAAUAUAUUGAUGAAACGAGCAAGCUAAACGUUAUUCAUGCUUUGCGCCAGGCGCAACCUGUCCUCCCCGGCGUUCUUGUGUGCAAGUAAAUGUAAAAAUAAUUUACGAUAACAUAACAUGUUAGUUAAGUAUCUAGUAAUUAUUUUGUCAAUACUUUCUCUUGGCUAAGAGCACCGGUUCUCAACCUGUGGGACACGACCCAUUUGGGGUUCGAACGACUCUUACACAUGGGUCGCCUUAAACCAUCUGGAAACAUAUGUAUGUACGACAACAAUUCUAUGGUUUGAGGUCACCCCAACGUGAGGAACUGUAUUAAAGGGUCGCUGCAUUAGGAAGGGUGAGAACCACUGGUUUAGAGUUUCUAACAAGAAAUAAAGCAUGGGUGGGGGCCCAAUCGUUAAACUGGGUUCAAAUUCGUAAGACCCCUUUGUAUUGCUUGCACGUUUACGGUUAUUUUCCAAGCAUGUCUAAACAUAAGGUCCGUGUUUGCUCUGGCGUCAGGACACAACAUCUACGGGCCGUCGUCCAGUUCAGUUAAGACUUACAGGGUCGUGACUCGCCCAGCAGAGCCCUUUGUGUUUGUGACGGACAAGGUGGCCAAGAAGGAGGACUGCUUCGUCGACGUGCC